CUGGCACACAGCGAAUUUGGUUUGUUGUGAGUUCCAAGAUAAUUUAAAGGGCGCCUGAAAUCGUUUUCAUUUCAGUUUCAAGUCAGAUACCAUAGGGGAUCGCUCGUCGUUGCUGCUGUUGAGUGAAAGCUUUUUUUGAAAACACAAUGUUUCCGGCUUUGAAAACAAUUUUCGCUUUUCUUAUCAUAACGACGUCCACAUUUGUAGAAGUUAUUGAUUCGGCACGCAUACUUGGUCUAUUCCCAACACCUUUCAAAAGUCAUCUGAUCAUCCAUAGUGCAAUCGCCGAUGCACUUGUAGAACGUGGUCAUGAAGUUACUGUUGUUGCGACCCUGCCAAAAAUCAACAAGCAUUCCCAAUUCCGUCAUAUUCAGUUGAACAUUGACGAAUUUUCACCGACACUUCUCGCUGCAUACAUAAAUAAUCCACCACCAUUGUACAAGAAAUAUACGUUCUUUAUGAACGAAAUUAACCGUUACACCAAUGACAGUCUUCAUCAUGAAGCUAUGCAAAAGCUUAUGCGGGAGGAGUCUUUCGAUUUGGUGAUUCAGGGAUUUAUAUUGAAUGAAUUUCUUUUGGGAGUUGCGGCACAUUUUAAAUGUCCUGUAGUGAUGUCUUUUAUGAUUCGGACACUUCCAAGGGUAAAUAAUCUCGUUGGGAACCCUCAUGAGAUAGCGUAUGUUCCGGGUUUGAUGAGUGGUGGGAAUCAGCCGAUGGGAUUUUUUGACAGACUGGAACAUUUUGUGUGUGUAAAUUUUCUGGAGAAUGGUGUGGUAAAAUAUAUCGAGCAAUCUAACCAGAAACGAUUUUAUGAUGCCAACUUCCCGCCUGAGAAGUAUCCAUCCUACGAGGACAUGCUGAAAAACAUUUCACUCGUAUUUACAAACUAUCACUUCAGUCAAGGUUCAAUACGUCCUUAUGUUCCAGGUCUAAUCGAAAUUGGAGGAAUUCAAAUAAAAGAUAAACUCUCACCUUUGCCUGAGGACAUAAAAACAGUUUUGGAUAACUCUUCCGAGCAUGGAGUUAUUUACUUCAGUGUUGGCUCUAAUAUUCACUCGAGUAAACUAGACCCCAUCAAAGUGAAGAUAAUAUUUGAUUUUCUUUCAAAACUACCACAAACUAUUCUCUGGAAAUGGGAUAAUUCGAACUAUCCCGGCAAGUCUCCAAACAUUGUCUACAAAACAUGGUUACCUCAAGAGAGUGUCCUAUCUCAUCCAAAUGUCAGACUUUUUCUAACACACGGUGGUCAAGGAAGUGUUGUGGAAUCACAAUUCUAUGGUGUACCAAUGGUUGGUGUGCCAAUGUUCGGAGAUCAACCAGCAAAUAUGGCAAAUGUAGAACAACAAGGUUUUGGAUUGUCUGUCAAAUUUGACACUCUCACAGAAGAAAAGUUCACAACGGCCAUUCGAGAGGUUUUGACAAACAAGAAAUACACACAGAAUGUUCGGAAAUUCGCUAAUCUCUACAAAGAUAGACCGAUGACAGCACGACAAACUGCAGUUUUUUGGAUUGAAUAUGUUUUGAGACAUCACGGUGCUGCACAUCUACAAAGCCCAUCAGUACAUUUGAAUGCAUUUCAGUUGCUGUCACUCGAUGUCAUUGGCUUCCUAAUUGCUGUGUUGUACAUUAUUUGGAAAAUUCUUAAAAUAUGUCUCACAUUAGUUCUGAGGCUAAUAUUUAAAAGGAAAAGGAAAACUGAAUAAUUUAAGGUCUAAAAGCCAAUUAAGAAAAAAAAAGAUUGUAACCUUUUGUAAGUGUCCAAUAUCAUCUUAAUGAUAAAACACAAUGUAAAAAUUGCAGGGCGGUGACACUGGUGGUAAAUUCAAAGGCUAUGAAACUGUUUUCAAACAUUUAACUUCAAGUAAUAAGUUUUCUUUAGCAGCUCUUAACUUGUCGGAUAAUAAGGAAACUUACUAAAUAAACAUAUUAUUAGUCAAAA